AUGACGAAGGCAUGUGCUAAAAGGUUACAACUAAAGAAUAUUGAUGACUCUACAUCCAUAGAAGGCAUUGGGUCUACUUCAUUGUCGGUCAACGAGUUGAGUAUACCAAAUAUUGUUAGGCAGCAAUUGGCUGACCCACAAUUCCAUGAGCCAAGGUCAAUUGAUUGUUUGUUAGGUGCAGAUGUUUUCUUUGAGAUUUUCUAUGGUGAAAAAAUGGCUAUUUCUCAUAAUCUGGUUGCACAUAGUACUGCACUUGGUUGGAUUGUUGCGGGUCAACUUCAUGAUGUCCCACAUGGAGAAGCAAGUACAUCACUAGUCACUCAUGGGCCAGUAAGUCAAUCAGCUAUUAUUUUGCAGGCCACAAAGGGAAAUAGUAGAGCCGCAGAAGAGUGCUAUGCUGAAGAACAUUUCUUAUCCACUGUGUCCAGAGAUGAGUCUGGUCGGUUUGUGGUACGAUUACCAUUCAAACAAGAGCCCUCUGUUUUAGGUGAUUCCCGUUACAUGGCUGUAAAAAGAUUUCUUAACCUGGAAAGAAGAUUGCAAAAAGAACCAUUACUAGCUAAUGAGUACAAGGCAUUCAUGCGCGAGUACUUAGAAUUGGGUCACAUGGAGCAGGCUGAGGAGGGCAGUGAAGUAGCAACAUAUUAUCUACCACAUCAUGCGGUUGUAAAGGCAGAUAGUAUAACCACCAAGGUCAGAGUAGUCUUUGAUGGCUCGGCAAGUGCAAGAUCAGGACUAUCAUUGAAUGAUAUUCUUCAUCGAGGUCCAAAAACCCUGCAUGAUAUUAUUUCCAUAAUACUUAGAUUUCGCACCCAUGCAAUAGCUCUAACUGCUGACGUUGCCAAAAUGUAUCGGCAAGUAUUAGUACACCCUGAAGACCGCAAUGUACAACGAAUUGUAUAUCGUGAAGCUCCAGAUCAGCCUAUGCAAGAGUUCAAAUUGUGCACCGUGACAUACGGCACCAAGUCCGCCUCAUUCCUAGCCACUAGGUGUCUCCUGCAGUUAGCCCAAGACACUAAUGACUCGUCAGUUAAAAGAACCAUUAUCGAAGAUUUCUAUGUAGAUGAUCUUAUGAGUGGUGGUGCCACCGAAGAUCAUUGCUACACCUUGCACCAAACACUUAGUAACAUUUUUCAAUCUGCUGGCUUUCCACUUAGAAAAUGGUGCUCAAAUUCAACCAGUCUGAUGUCGCGAAUUCCUACUACUGUCAACGACCCAGCCUACCGGUUAACACUAACUGAUCAAGAAAUGAUUAGUGCACUCGGGUUAAGGUGGCAGCCGAGCACUGACACAUUCCACUUUGAAUUGGGAGAAUGUACUCCUGCUGUAAAAAUCACCAAACGAACAUUACUCUCUGAAAUAAGCAGAAUUUAUGAUCCUGUUGGGUUUAUUUCUCCUGUGCUUAUUAAAGGAAAGAUAUUUAUUCAGCAGCUGUGGGCUCUUAAAUUGAACUGGGACACAAUUUUACCGGAUGACCUACAGCAACGUUGGAAGUUGUUUUAUAGCUCAUUGGGUGAGCUACAUCAAUUAAUAAUUCCACGUCACAUAUUUUCUCAAACUUGGAGCAGGUUGCAGCUGCAUGGUUUUUGUGAUGCGUCCUUAGAAGCCUUUGGUGCAUGUAUCUAUGUGCUCUCCCAAACCGAAGAUGAGUUGCCAAGAACAUGCCGCCUAUAUUUAUCAAAAUCUAGGGUCGCGCCAAUGCAUCCAACCACUAUACCCAGACUGGAGUUGUGUGGAGCAGUAUUACUGGCCGAGCUUAUUACCGAUGUUAAAACCGAAUUCAAACGACUUGUUAUAAAUAUUCACGAUUCUGACAUUUUCUUGUGGUCUGACUCCACAGUUGUGAUAUCGUGGAUCAACAGUAAGCAGCCAUUAAAAUCAUAUGUGUCAAAUCGGGUAGCGCAAAUUUUAGAUAAUUCCAACAGAGAGCAGUGGUACCAUGUUCCCACCUACUGCAAUCCAGCAGAUCUAAUCUCCCGUGGUGUAACAGUGUCUAAUCUCCAUCAAAGUACACUAUGGUGGUGUGGUCCAACGUGGCUCCCACUGGACAAUGAAAUGUGGCCAACACAACCAUCAGUUAAUGAAGAAGUACCAGAAGUUCGCCAAAUCAAACUUGCGCUGUUGACGACUUCUCAAGAAGAAAAUACUAUACUAAACAAGUUUGCUGAAUGGUUACCGCUCCUACGAAUCACCGCAUUCAUAUUGCGUUUCCGUAACAAUUCAUUAUCAUUCAAAGCUCAACAGUCACGGCAGUCUGGACCACUGACAGUAGGUGAAAUUGAGGAAGCCAAGCUUGUAUGGUUGCGUCAAGCUCAAGCUGUAUCAUUCCAAGACGAACUAGGUGCUCUAAGUAAAGGGAAUUUAGUGUCCUCGAAAAGCAAACUGAAAUUAUUGAAUCCAUUCUUAGAUUCUAAACAUAUUAUCCGAGUUGGAGGCAGAUUGUUAAAUUCCUCCUUAACUGAAAAUACAAAGUUUCCUAUUGUUCUACCAUCACACCACAAUAUUACUCAAUUAUUAUUCAAAUAUGAACAUAUUCAAUUAUUGCACGCUGGCCCUCAAGCAUUAUUGUCUCAUAUGCUCCUUAGUUAUUGGCCAUUGCGGGUCAGAAAUUUAUCGCGUAUGACCGUUCAUAAAUGUUUAACUUGCUUCAGAUACAAACCUACCACUAUGCAACCAUUCAUGGCAAAUCUUCCACGAGAAAGAGUAACUGUAGAAAGACCAUUUGCUCGGACAGGCAUUGACUUUUGUGGACCAAUACACAUAAAAAGUGGUGUCCGAAGGGUCACAUCAAUAAAAUCUUAUAUUGCAGU